CAGAUGAUGAUAACAGGUAUCAGGGAGUGUCAAGUUCCGGAGAUACGGUCAAACCUUAUUCGCAUGAUUGGGAUUCUGGCAUUAUUACUCGUAAAUAAGUUAAAUGAAACCAGUUCAAAUGUGAUAUGUGCUAUAACUGAUUUUAUACUAGAGCAGGCUCAUAAAGAGAAUGAAGUGUGGGUGUUGGCCGAAGCCAUAGACACAUUAGUAGAUCUUUAUUCCGAAGAUGAGACUGAUGAAUUAGCCGCUAAAGUUAAAUUGGUUGAAAAGUUAUCUAUACUAGCUCCUAUAUUAAAGAAUAAGGCAAGACAACAAAGGAAACUUCCAAAAGAAUAUAAAGUACUGGUCUCCACGGCAACUUCUAAUUUACCGCGAUUUAUUAAGUACAAGAAGGGACGAGUUAGUCAUUUAUAGAAGAUUCAGAAUGGAAUGACUUAUUAUUUUUUAAACAUUUUUUUUACUUUAAUAAUAAAUGUCUAAUAAAUCGUAUAGAUUUGUAUUUAUUAG